GGUACGCACAAAUGACGAAAGUAGCUCAAUAUGUUCCAUUUCUGAAUCAGAGUGAACUAAAGGAAAAAUUUGUAGAAACGUUCAAAGGCGCUGUCCGCAAAUUCGUGUAAUUUCUUACAUUUAUAGUAACGAAGUUUAAUAAAAUCGUAAAACUAGUUGCUUGAUGUAUUUUCCUAAACAUAUUUGGUGAAAUUUGUUAAAUUUUUCCAUAAUAUCGCCUUUAAAAGCGAAUUGAAAAAGUUAUAAAUUGUGCUAACACGGAGAAAAAUGCGAAGAAAUUUUAACGGGAAGAAAAAGGUGUCCAGAGUUGCUCGGUCUACUUCGCAGCAUUGUUGCUGUCGUUAGCAACGUCGGUAGCAGAGGUUGUGUCUCUUUCGAUUUUCUCGAGAGUGUAAAGGAUUUUGUGAAAAUAUAAAAUAUUGAAUUUUAUUAAAUUUUUAGACGAUUGCUAAAAUAAUAUAAUCGCUUAACUGCGUUAAAACAAAAUAAAAUAAAAUUUGUAAUAAACCAAACAGCCAUAAAGGUGUGGAAUCAAAAACUUUUGGUUUAUAUCAAAAAUGAAUUAAUGUCGCCAGCAGCGCCGUUUCAACGUUUCGCUCGGGCGUUUUGACAUUUGAUGACAUUUGCGCAGCAAAAGCGAGCGGUUGAGUAUUUGCUUAAAGUGUGUAGUGGUUGAAGUGAAGCGCCCAACGAGGAAUCGGCGAAAAGGAGAAAAUCAAUCGUUUUCAUUGGCAAACAGUGAUGUACUGUCGUAAUGGUUUCCCUUGCCCUAUUUAGCUGAGAAGUAUACCGAUAUCUACGCUGUUUCGAUAUUAUAAUGCGUACAAUGUCGGCAAUAAAGUUGUGUUGACAUUGUCAGUAAAAUUAGAAAAUCUCAAAAAAGGACACACGGACGGUCAAGUCUUAUACUACCAAGUAAACGUGUGUCCGAGCAGGUACCGCAUUGGCAAACAAUUCUAUAUAUAACAAACAAAAAACACAUUACUUAACCAAUACAAUAAUAAUUUAGUAUAAAGCUUCAAUAGAACUGCAUUCAAUGUGCCAUUUCAUCCGGAGAUAAGUUUCGCACUAUUCCCCACAUUUAAUAUAUAUUAAUAUAUUUAACAUAGAUGCUUAAGUAAAGUAUUAUAUACCAAAAAAAAAGAGAAGAAAAAGAUACGCAACAGAAGAAUUCCCUCCACUUACUCGCGUCAAACAACAAAACUAUUACAACGCAGUUAUUAAAAUAAUUGCAUUCGCACCACUUUAAGAUAAUCUCUGUCUCGCUUACCAUACUUAUUCAUAACUAAAGCUUACAGUUUUUGCAUACAAUAAUCAAAGUCGGUUAAAAAUUACUCUCCAGAACUCGAAUUUAUAAGUUUUAUAAAAUUUGAGAACGUUACAAAAGUCAACGAAUGAUAGUUCAACUAAAAGAAUUGGUGGUGAUUAUUGGAUAGCUAUAUGCUUGCAAAGCCACGGCAUUAACAACAUAAAGCAGUAAGAUAUUGAUUUGUAACAUAUAUAUGUACAUGUGUUUAGGGGAUCGCAUCAGUAUAAAAAUCUUCACUAUCUUAAACGUACUAAUACAUCGUCAGAAACUAAAACGUGCAAUCGUUUAUUUAAAUUUUCUUGGGUAAAGAGUAAAAGCAGCAGUAGAACAUAAGCAGGACGAAUAACUGGAAAUAAAUACAAGGCAAGAAAAUGUCAUCGGGAACAUUUGUUGAUCGAAUUGAUCCAUUCGCUAAACGCUCACUGAAGAAGAAAAGCAAAAAAAGUCAGGGUUCCUCACGUUAUAGAAAUUCUCAGGAUGUGGAGCUUCAACAAUUGCCGCCGUUAAAAGCUGAUUGCUCGAGUUUGGAACAGGAAGAAUUAUUCAUUCGUAAAUUACGUCAGUGCUGUGUAUCUUUUGAUUUUAUGGAUCCAGUAACGGAUUUAAAAGGGAAAGAAAUAAAGAGAGCUGCUUUAAAUGACCUCUCCAAUUAUAUAACACAUGGCAGGGGAGUACUCACGGAACCUGUGUAUCCAGAAAUUAUACGAAUGAUUUCUUGUAACUUGUUCCGCACACUGCCUCCCAGUGAAAACCCUGAUUUUGAUCCCGAAGAAGAUGAUCCGACAUUAGAAGCUUCAUGGCCACAUUUACAGUUAGUCUAUGAAGUAUUCCUGCGUUUUUUGGAAUCGCAGGACUUUCAAGCGACCAUAGGCAAACGUGUAAUUGACCAGAAAUUCGUUUUACAGCUUUUGGAGCUCUUUGAUUCUGAGGAUCCACGUGAACGUGAUUUUUUGAAAACUGUUUUACAUCGCAUCUAUGGAAAAUUCUUAGGAUUACGCGCUUUUAUACGAAAACAAAUUAACAAUAUUUUUUUGCGUUUUAUUUACGAAACAGAGCAUUUUAAUGGCGUCGGCGAAUUACUAGAAAUAUUGGGCAGUAUCAUUAAUGGUUUUGCCUUGCCUCUGAAGGCCGAACAUAAGCAGUUUCUUGUGAAGGUGCUAUUGCCUCUGCACAAAGUGAAAUGCCUUGGGUUGUAUCACGCUCAACUGGCUUAUUGCAUCGUUCAGUUUCUAGAAAAGGAUCCAUACCUGACUGAACCGGUGGUUCGAGGAUUAUUAAAAUUUUGGCCAAAAACAUGCUCACAAAAAGAGGUCAUGUUUUUGGGCGAAAUCGAGGAAAUUUUAGAUGUCAUUGAUCCUCCACAAUUUGUGAAAAUACAGGAACCAUUGUUCCGUCAGAUCGCCAAAUGUGUAUCAAGUCCGCAUUUUCAAGUUGCUGAGCGUGCGCUUUUCCUAUGGAAUAAUGAAUAUGCAAUGUCGUUGAUCGAGGAGAACAACGCCGUCAUUAUGCCGAUUAUGUUUCCGGCACUGUACAGAAUUAGUAAAGAACAUUGGAAUCAGACCAUCGUUGCAUUGGUUUACAACGUGCUAAAGACAUUUAUGGAAAUGAACUCCAAGCUUUUUGAUGAAUUAACCGCUAGCUAUAAAGCUGAACGACAAAAAGAGAAGAAACGCGAGCGUGAUCGUGAAGAAUUGUGGAAAAAAUUACAUGAACUUGAAAUAAAUCGUGCAAAAAGCGGCAGUGCCGCUGGCACCUCAACGGCUAAUUCGGUGUUAGGAGCUGGUAUUAGUGGCGGCAGUGCCGCCGGCUCACAGCAAAAUAUCAACUCUUAUCAACAACAAUCGAAUGCUAGCAUUGUAAACAGUGGAAGCGGUGGUGGCUCUGGUGACAACAAUCCUGCCUUACUUAGCGGCGGUGCACAAAGCGGCGGAACCUCAGUAAACGCCAGCGGUACGAACGCGUUUGCCAAAGUAAAAGGCGACAAGGCAGAUAACUAAAUUAUGAGGCGAUCACUGAAAUGGAUACAAAAUAAAACACAAGUAAUGCUUAUCAACUUAAUAAUAUAAUUUAGCGCAGUUCAAACAUGAAUGAAAAUUUUGGUGUUGUAAGUCAAAAAGGAGCUUGGCAUUUUUUGUGCAUCUAUAACUUAGUGUAAGCCACAAAAAAGGAGAAUAUUAUUAAGUAAACUUGAAGUCCCUAUCGAAAAAUAUAAAGAAAAAAUACAAAAGUAUAACAAAAGCACUACACCAACAUGAUCAAAUGAAAGCGUUUUCACCAUCAUGAUGUCACCGGCAUCAUUACAAUAAGAUGUAGAAGUAGAAGCUAAAUGUUGAUAAUAGACGCAGAUGCCGGGAGUUAAUAAUGUAUGCCACCACAAUGUGGAUGAAAAGCAGUACACUUACAACUGGGAUCGUGGUAUUACAUAAACAAAAGGAAAGCGUAUAAAAAGCAUAAUUAAUAUUAUAUUAUGAAUAUAAAAAUACCUAUUAUUUUACGAUAAAAAAGAAAUACUAAAUAAAAUAAUUAAUACAAGUAUAUGAGGAGGAUGAAAAUUGCUAAUAAAAUAGUGAAGAAAUGCUAGAAACUAAUCUUACUGUAAAACAGCAACUCUUUCUCCUAAAUAAUACCUAUUCUAUAGAAUUAACGAAAACACUUCGUGCUAUUCAUUAUAAUUCUACUAUCUGGCUAGUUAGACGAAAAUGCCACUUGAGCGAACUGCAUUUUACAUGCUUUUUCACAACCAAUUUUUCGUUCGAACUAAUCCAUUUCCGUAGGUUUCAAAAGUAAAAAUUAAAUUUAAAUAUUCUUUAUAUUUAGGUUGAGUAGUAAUAACCAUUGUGUUUCUUUAUGAUUUGUUUAAAAGUAAAUCCUAAUUUCCUCAACGGUUUCUGUGCAAAUUAGUAUAUUGCUUGGAUAUAUUCAUAUGUGUAAAUUUAAGUUCUUUAACAAUAAAUUCUAGGGAUAUUUAUUAAGUAAAAAAUGGGAUUAAUUUUUAUUGAAACAUUCAUAACAAUCAACACGCAUUAAUUAAGAAAAAACAAAACGAAAAAAAAUGCGUAUUUAACAGUAUAAAACAAAUUGAACGAAAAAAAUGGUGUAAAAAAUCAAUAAAAGUAUUAAAAAACGAUUGUUGCGAAAAUUCAUAAAAUAAACACAUACAAAUUGUGAUCAGUCGUGAUUUUAUGUGACCGAGAUUCCAGUUGCGAACGACUGCUAGAAAACACCGAAUAACUAAAUCCAUGCGCGAAAAAAGCUUACACAGUUGAAAAAUAACAAUAAAGGUAUAUAUUCUAUAUAUAUAUAAGCGAAAAAACAAUGUCUACUUGACAGCUGAUAUUGUUUGUAUGAGUGCAAUAGAUUUGGUAAGGCCUAAUGCAAAACUUAUCUGUAUGUCAAAAUGAAAAUAAUUACAAAAAAGAAUAUUGCUAUAUUUCUCACAUUCAUGCAUAUUCAUACAUUCGCACCUGCAGUUUUUAAUAGCAGUAAAAUAACAUUUUAUAUGUAUAGAACAGAUAAACAGAAAGCGUACGUGCCAAGUCAAUCAUUUUUAAUUGUACGCGCUUGUUUUCAUUUCAUUUCGUACUAAAAUUUAUUAGUUAAUACACGAUUUUUCCUUUCUAAUUUUUAAUCUAACAAAAUUUAAUCAUGUUGUAUGUUUACAUGGUAUAUGAUUUAAGUUUAAUUUCAACUGCAAUAAUAAAAUUAGUAAAUAAUAUAUAUAUCUAAAGUUGCUAAAAAGUAUGCAUUUAAAAUAUAUCACUUUUCUUCUAGUUAAAAAAAUAGCAACGAGAACAGAUUAAGAGUGUUUGGAAUUAUUUGUGCAUUAUAAAUUAUAUGUGAAAAAAUAAUUACUCAGUGUAAUUUUUUCUGGUUUCUCGUAUUAAAAAAUAAAUUACGUAACAAUGAUAUAUAUACACAUGUAUAAUAAAAACAUAUAUUCAUUUAUUACAUUUACUCUUUUAAGCUUAACAUUAUAUACAAUUAUUAAUGGAUAAAUGUGUGGGUAUGCACAAAGCCCGCUUUCCACAACACCAUAAGGACGACUAUUGUUUAAAUUUGUUUAUUCGAUAAAUCUGUGGCCACAAAUACGGUGAAAUUUCAAGAAACGUAAUUUUGCUGCUCACUAAAACAACUUAUUUAAUUUUUCUCUUAUAUUAUAAUUAGUUCGCACCAAAUCUACAAAAAUAAUAUGUUACAUUUGAGUUUAAGACGUGGGACAUGUAGCGCCAACUCGGUUGUGAACUUUGGCUGUUUAUGCCUUGUAGCAACAGAAAUAAUAUGCAGAAUUAUAUGCCAAGAAAUAGUGGGAAUAUUUUGAAUAUGUUUUUUCUUUUGAACGUAAACAUAAAAUUUGCCAAGUUUAAAUUAAAACAACUAACUAUUUACUUUAUAUUUAUGAAGGACAAUGCCCAAUAUUAAAAUAUAUUUUUCCAUUUAGUUAAAUAGGUCAUUAUCAUAAAUGAUUGCAAAAAUAUAAAUUAGAUAAUUUAUGACAUGAGAAUUGAUUACUAUGCAUUAACUGCUGUUAAAGUUUUAUUAUUCUAAAAAAUCAAUUGGGCAUAAUUUUUUGAAUUUUAUUGUUGCAUUUUCUGAACUAAUAAAAUACAGUAAUUAUAGUAUUUCUUAAUUAAAUAAGUUUGAAUUUUUGGUUUUGUAAAAAUUAAAUUUCUGGCACUAAUAAGUGUCACUACCAAAACUUUAAUUAUAUACAUAUAUUUCUUAAAGCGAUAGUUGAUCGCUAGUUCUUAAAUGGAAUAUUUAUAUAUUUUGAAUAACAUUAUGUUUUCUGUCAAAAAAUUCUCUUUUUUGCAAAUAUAUACGGAUGAGUCUGUUACAUGUGCAUACAUAUUUACAUGAUUUAUACAUUUCUUCACACAAAACUUAAGUAAUACUAAAGUGGAAAGAAAUUGAAAAAUAUGAAAACAGCAACACAGCUGACAAGCAUAGUAUAAAUUGACAUACAAUAAUAAAAACUAGAGGUUUAGUGCAGAGAAAACAAUUAAGAAUAAAACAAAGUAAAAUUACCUAGAAAUAAAUGCAUGCGCUGAAAAAUACUAUAUACUCGUACAUACAUAAAUUAAAAACGAUUUUGUGACUAUACAAACAUUUUUAUGAAAGAAAUGAAUAAAUAGGGGAGAAAAACUCCCUUGUUUACAGCCAAAUUCAUAAAACAAAAGUAUGAAAUGCUUUGUAAAUGAAAAACUAUGAAAAUAACAUUUGUAAAAUAUCCAAAAUUACUAUUUUUGUAUGUAUUUAUUUGGUUAAAUGUUAAAUUAAAUAUUUUCAUAGUCUUUUAAGUUGUAAGCAAAAUGAGCGACAAUUUCUGAUUACUCACACCACUGCAGAACACACACAUGCAUACAAAACAAAAAUUAUGAUUUUCAAGUGAAGCAAACGCUAUCUAAUGAUAAUAAUUUUACUUUAACUCACACAAUCUUGUACAUAUAUUUUAUGCUCAGAAGUUGGUCGCCUUAAUCCGUGUAAAAUAAGUAAUUUAUGUGAGGCUUUUAGAGCUCUAAAGCCUGGUGCACACUUUAGUUGUGUGAAAUGCAAAUAUUCACACGUUCCCUUAUUUGCCGAUAUAGAAUAUUCAUAAGAAUUUUUCAUGUAGUAUAUUAAAAAAAAUCACACACUUAGAAAAACAGGAAAACUCUCCUUAGUGUUAAAACAAACUAGUUUUAAGAGAACCCUUGGUAAACAGCUGAAGCAAAUUUUUGUAAGCAAAAAUAAUGUAACACUAAGGCAUUUAAAAGAGGAAAUAUUAUAUAUGUUUAUUUGGUAAAAAAAAUUGCUGAUGAAAUGAGAAAUUAUACAAAACCUAAAACAAAAAAAAAGAAAAAACGUAGACAUUUGCUAAACUGUUACAUAAAUAUAUACACAUACAUACAUAAAUACCAAACCAACUAGUGAAUGUGCAUGAAUUGUUGUGGAGAAGUUGGAAAUGGCAUGAUUGAAAUCCACUUGAAUACAAAUGCAGGUAGUUAUUAGAGAUGCAGUUAUGACUACAUAAGAAUAAAACGCUUAAUCAUUCGAUAUAAAUAUUAAAAAGAAAAGAACAAAACAAAGAAUUAUAUAAAGUGAGCUGAUAAGAAAAAAAUAAAUGCAUGCAUACAUCUAAAAUAUAAAUAAGUGAUCAUCCCUGCACUAUUUUCAUUAAACAAAUAACGAAUACAGUUAUGUAUGUACGUCAAACAUUUUCAAAUGCAAAAUCGUAAGAGCUAUGUAUGUAUUUAUAAAGGGUGGGAAUAUGAAAAAAUAGUUCUAACUAAAUAUAUAUAUAUAUAUAUACAUAUAUAUAACAAUACAUACAUACAUAUAUAAAAUUACAUAAAAAAUAUGUGAAGCGUAAAACUGAAAACUACCGUAAAUCACACAAAACAAACUAAGUAAAACAUAACGUGUAGACUUACACGUCUGCAUACAUACAUAUAUGAAGUGUAAGCAAAUUAAUGAGUUCUGCAUUAAGUCUUUUUGUUAUUAUUAUGUACAUCUUACAAAUACUAUACACUACUAAAUAAUAUAUUAUAAAACUAGAAGUACAUACACAACUACAUAUAUAAUUAUGAUAAACAUAUGUAUAAAUAACACUUUGUGCAAAAUUUAAAUUGACCAAAUGUGUACGCUAUAAUAUUAAAAUUAAAUUAGGGGAUGUAAAUUUGUAUGUAGAUACUCGUUUUGGGCUUAAAUGUAAAAAACAACAAAAAUAACUUAUGAUUUUUAAGCUUCAAUUUUCUUUUGAUUAUAUUGGCAUAAUAAAACAUAAAAAUAAUUAGUUAUUUUUAAAAGUUGUUUAUUAUAAUCAAUUUAAUAGAUUAAAAAAAGUUUAGUUCUUUUUAUGCGGAAUUGUUCGAAAACUCAUUAAGCAGGACCAAGUGUAUACAAUAACAAUAACAACAACAAUAGUAUACAUACAUAAAUGAUAAAAUUGUCUUUCAUAUCCCAAUCUAGAACGGUAGCCCACACAUUUUUUGUAGAACAACAAAGAGUAUUUCGUCACCUAAAAUGCAAAAUAACGUAUGAUCAAAAGAUUCGAAAUUGAGUGUUUCAUUGAUUACGACCCACUAAUUCAAAUUACAUACAUAUAAGUACAUAUCUACAACAUUUUAAGGUUCUGCUAUCAGAUAUAACACAGUUUUUACCAAUAUUUAAAUUUUGUUUAACAUAUUCCAUUUUAUAACGUAUUUCAUUCUUUCUCCUGUAAAUUUCCGAAAAUGUUGUCACGUUAUUUUGCAUUUUAGGUGACGAUUUGUACUUCUAGAGUUAUAUUUUUUAACAAGUAUAAAAAUCAGAUGCAUUUUUAUUAAAUAAAUUUAAAUUUAAUUUAUGAUAAAGGUGCUCAGUAGGUAAAUUGUCUUGCAUUUCUGCUUUAUAUUGUUUUUUUGUUUUACAUAUGUAUGUAUAUAAUUUUUUUUUGUUAAAAAUUUGCUAAUACGUUUUUUUUAAUGUUGAAAAUAUUGGGCAUUUUAAUUUCAACUAUUAUGCUGGCCAAAUGCUGCAAAUGUUUGUCUGUUAGUUAUUUACCACAUUUUUGUAUUUUAAAGUGUGCUGCUUUUUUUAAUAAAUGGUUAAUGUAGAUGUAAGUAAUUUCCUAAACAGUUUUAUGGAAUGCUGACUGGUUGACAGCUAUUGGCCUGUAAUAAUUCGGGGUCUGCUUCGGUUGGGUCAGCCGACUGCCAGGAAAACAGUUGAAACAAAUGGUAGUGACAGAUUUUGAUACCGUAUAUAUGUACAUGUGUGUAUGUAUAUGCACAUGUCUUACCACAUCGACCGGUACUACCUCAAACUCAAUUAACUUUGUUUAAAUAAAAUCAGUUAAUCGCCUGAACACUUUUGUUUAGUGAAUACAUACCCUCUUAAAUUCAUACAUAUGUAAAGGAAAAAUUGUGUAUACAUAUGUAUAUACAAUGGUGUAUGGUUAAUUACGGGUCUUAAUGUUCUUAAAAGUUAACUUGCGAACAGGUCAAGUCUAUUUUUUCUAUUGCUCCGUUACACAUUUUUUUCAAUAUUUGUUGCUAUAUGAGAGGAAGAGAUAACAUGUUAAAAAAUAUAUAAUAACUCUCGUGAUUUGUUUUAACUUUUUAGCGAAUUACACUUGUUGAAAGCAUAUUAGAAAGGGUUUUAGUGAAAUUUAUUCAAUAUUUUCUGGUUCUAAUGGGGUUUCGAACUUAUCCGAAUAUCUAUAGCAAAAGAAUUUACCGUUAAAAAUGCAUAGUUCUUAUUAAUUGGUUAGUGUUAGCAAUAUUUGUAAAUCUUAUGUUUUAUUAUGCUUAUAUUUUUGAAAAAUGUUGAGACUUUGAAGUCAAAUUAAAUUAGACUCAAAACAAUCACAUAUUUCAACUUCAUGCUCAUGACAAAUACACCUUCAGCCAAAUGACACUUGGUCUCACAGUUCUAACAAAACGAGCGUAGCGUUUUAGUCCUGUAUUUCUACCGCAGAUUAGCCUUAGCCAUUGGGUGAAGAACGCCACUCAAUGCCUUAGACCAAAUAAGUGAAUGUUAAUAUUAAAUUUUUUUACUUCAAAUAUUUAAUUUUUAUCUCACAUGUACUAAAUGCGGGUAUGAGAAGUUCUUAUAAUAAAAAAGAAAAAACUUACUAAAAUGCUCGAUUUCCCGUCCUAUCCUAUUGAUUUUGCUAUCAAAUUCUCUUGCACACACAGACACAUUGAUCCUUUCUCAUUUAGACGUUCAUAGUGUAGAAAGUUGUCUAAAUGCAUCAUCGAUCAUCCUCGAUGGUUAAUUAAAUAUGUAGAUGUUGAAAUAAAAAUUCAUGAAUAAGUGGUACAAUGCGGAAAAGUUGAACUCAGCCUUUCCCUUGAACCUUAAUUAAGAAGAAUAGGAUGAAAAAAUAUAUACUUAUGUAUUUAGAAUUUUCUGUUGUACAUGUUUGUAUGUAGUUGUAUGUAGUUUUAUAUGUAAAUGUGUUUUUACUAAAACAAGUGAAAAAUAAAAAAAAAAAACGUAUAAAAACAUAGACCAAUUUUGUUUUGCUAUGAUUUUGAAAUAAUAAUAUACAUAGAAACAGUAAAUUUAAUUAAAAACAAAAAAUGAUAUAUAUAAACGAACGAAAAUAAAAAUAUAUAAUAAA